GGUGGCGGAUGCCGGCGGGCUCCGGUGCGCGGCCAUGGCGGCGGCGGCAGCGCACAGCGUGCGGGUGCUGCGGGAGCUGAACCGGCAGCGCGCAGCCGGGCAGUUCUGCGACGCGACGCUCGGCGUGGGCGGCCGCGAGUUCCGCGCGCACUGGCCGGUGCUCGCCAGCUGCUCCCGCUUCUUCCGCGCACGCGGCCCCGGCGGGCCCGUGGCGCUGCCCGACGGCCUCGCCGACACCUUCCAGCUGCUGCUCGACUUCUUCUACACGGGGCGCCUGGCGCUCACGGCGCACAACCGCGCCCGCCUGCUGGCGGCCGCCGAGCAACUCGGCGUGCCCGACGCCGUGGCGCUGUGCCGCGCCUUCCGCCCGCGGCCCCGCCGCGUCGCCGCCGCCACCGCCCGUCCGGAGCCCGCGGCGGCCCCGCAGCCCGGCGGGCAGGCGGUGCGUGAGAGGGGCGGGAGGGGGACGGCGGGGCCGGGGCCCGGCGGGGGCGGCGCGGUGACGCCGCUGUUCCCUCGCAGGGCUCCCCCUCAGCCCCGGAGGGCGGCGGUGGGUGGCGGCGGGCGGGGGGACGGCGACGCCGAAUCCCUUCCCGAGAAAAAGGUGCUGCGGAGCAAAAAGAGCCCUCCCGCUCCGGGAAAGGCGCCGGGGAGCAGAAAAGGUACAGCGGUGCCGGUCGAGUGCCCCACAUGUCAUAAAACCUUCCUCAGCAAAUAUUACCUUAAAGUGCACAACAGGAAACACACUGGAGAGAAGCCAUUUGAGUGUUCCAAGUGUGGCAAAUGUUACUUUAGAAAAGAGAAUCUCCUGGAACACGAAGCCAGGAACUGCAUGAACCGAUCAGAACAGGUAUUCACGUGCUCGGCCUGCCCGGAGGUGUUCAAGCGGCGAAUGGAGCUGCGGCUGCACAUGGUGUCACACACUGGGGAGAUGCCUUACAAGUGCUCCUCAUGCUCACAGCAGUUCAUGCAGAAGAAGGACCUGCAGAGCCACAUGAUAAAGCUGCAUGGUGCACCCAAGCCCCAUGCGUGCUCAACCUGCUCCAAGUGCUUUCUGUCCCGGACAGAGCUGCGCCUGCACGAGGCCUUCAAGCACCGUGGAGAGAAGCUGUUUGUGUGCGAGGAGUGUGGGCACAGGGCCUCGAGCCGCAAUGGCCUCCAGAUGCACAUCAAGGCCAAGCACAGGAAUGAGCGGCCCUACGUGUGUGAGUUCUGCCACCAUGCCUUCACACAGAAAGCCAACCUCAACAUGCACCUGCGCACGCACACUGGCGAGAAGCCCUUCCAGUGCCAUCUCUGUGGCAAGACCUUCCGGACACAAGCGAGUCUGGACAAGCACAACCGGACGCACACUGGGGAGCGGCCGUUCAGCUGCGAGUUUUGUGAGCAGCGUUUCACAGAGAAGGGGCCGCUGCUGAGGCACGUCGCCAGCCGGCACCAGGAGGGGCGGCCCCACUUCUGCCACAUCUGCGGGAAGACAUUCAAAGCGGUAGAACAGCUGCGUGUCCAUGUUCGCCGGCACAAGGGAGUGAGGAAGUUUGAGUGCAUUGAGUGUGGCUACAAAUUCACACGGCAGGCUCACUUGAGGCGCCACAUGGAGAUCCACGACCGAGUGGAGAACUAUAAUCCUCGACAGAGGAAGCUGCGGAACCUGAUCAUCGAGGAUGAGAAGGAUGUGAUGGUGGUGCUGCAGCCACCACCAGAGCUGGAGGUGGGCUCAGCAGAGGUGAUUGUGGAGUCGCUUGCCCGUGGGCCACUGCCUGAGGAGGUCCCUGCACAGAAACUUUGCUCAAACGAGAACUUCUCCCCUGCAGAUGUGAUUGAGCAAUCACUGAUUAUAACUACAACAAUUCCUGAAGACUGUGAGACAUAGUGUGGCCACCCAUCCCCUUCUACUGAAACCCAGUAAAGUGUUAAGCUGA